CGAGCUGUCACUGUUUAUUGCCAGUGGGCGCCUCAACUGCAAGAUAGACAAGGUGGCAGGCGUGCUUGAGACCAACCGCCCAGAUGCGCGUAAUGCACAGUACCAAUCAGUGCUGAAGCAGGGCGACCUGCUGCUUAAUCGCAUUCAGAAGCUGUCACGGGUGAUUGAUGUGUGA